AUGAGUAGGGCUUUACUACGAGGGGCUGCAUGCCAGUCAUGUCGCCAUGAAAUCCUCCGAUCAUUCCUGGCCGUCUCAGGAGUUCCGAUUCCCCGAUUCGCUCCCGCAGUUCGUCCCAGCUUCAACUCCAGAGCUUUCUCCGCGGUACACUCUUUACGCUCAGAUCGGCCCCCUAUCUCGAAUCCACCAGAUAUCAAUUAUUCUCCCGUGGAAGAGACCAAAUUGGAAGAAAAUAAUGGCGAAGAGAAACCAACUGCCCAUCCUACGUCUCGUGUCCCAUGGUAUUUGCAGGAGGAAGGGCAAACCACCGAGGAGCGCCCCAUACCAGGCGACCAUAUCCCCGAACUCCCUGAAAAUUCCCCUGAAAUGCUUCCAAUUCUCCUCGAGUACACAUACAAAGACCUUGGUUUGGACCAGCUGAAGCUUUUCGACCUGCGAGGGUUGGAGGUACCUGCGGCGUUGGGUGCCAAUGUGAUUAUGAUCGUUGGAACCGCACGCAGUGUGAAGCAUCUAAAUGUCUCUGCUGAUCGUCUCUGCCGGUGGCUUCGAAGCAAAUACAAGCUAUCUCCAUAUGCCGAUGGCUUGCUGGGACGCAAUGAGCUGAAGAUCAAACUCCGUCGCAAGGCUAAACGGGCGCGUGCUGCCAGCCAUGCCGGUACCACGAUCGACGAGAAAGACGACGGAAUUACAACAGGCUGGAUUUGCGUGAAUGCAGGUGUGGUGGAUAAAGGUGCGCCAAAGACAGACCUCAAAGAUGCCGGAUUCGAAGGCUUUGGGCAGCUGGAACUCGGCACAAACGUGGUGGUCCAGAUUUUCACAGAGGAGAAACGAGCCGACCUUGACCUGGACGGGCUUUGGCAGAAGACCUUGGAACGAGCCGAACGAAACCGACUUCGAGAAGUGCCUGAAUUAGAGUCCGGCGUCGAACACUCCACAACCAGUCAUUCCUCAUUCAGAGGCAUUGGCAACUCCAAUGGCCAGAGGAGGAGCAUGCACACCGUUCGACGUACCACCGAUUCUGAGAGAUCUGGACUGUUUGCUGCUUUGGCUGGAAAAUCAACCACAUCAGAACCCCCUGGUCUCGGCAUGAGCACUGAUUCCCUGCUUCGUAUGCUGCUGUCGCUUCCUCACGAGAAUGCCCGGGCCGAGCUUGGAUCUGGUCCUGAUGAUUACAAUUCUACUGUUUUCUUGCAGCUCCUCUACGCCAGUCUCACCGACGACAUGUCUGCACGAGAUAUUGCGGUCCUUCGGAUGAAGCUGUACUCGAUCGCCGUUUCCCGGCAACACCCAGCAUAUAGCAAGGAUGCUCUUUUCAAGGCCUUCACCGACCUCCUUCGUGAUGGCUACGAGCUGGAGGACGACCUUGCUUUCGAUACCGUUGCUGCGCUUUUGGCCCCGCGCUCCGUCCGUGACCAUAACAAUGAGUCUGUGGACUAUCUCCCGCAAGAAGACAUUGAGCUUGCCUUGGAGGUUCUCAACCGUCUCAGCCUGCGUGGUGUUCCGAUCCUUAACUUCAAAGUCUUUAACAUGCUCUAUCGAGUGGUUGACACGCCUAUGAAGCCCCCCAAUGAGUCUUCACUAGGAUAUUUACCGGAUUCGGAACAGCCCAUCCUGGCCACGAGCGGUAAAGAGUGGACCAAGUCCCAGCGACUGAUGCUAAACCGUUUAUCGAAGCUAGUCUCCGCGGCCGAAGUUGCCUUUGACGAAGAAGAGGCACGCCAGCUGAUGGUGACCCAGUUCCGAUGCGAGGACUACGAUGGUUUCUGGCGUAUCUGGCGACAGAUCCCCUUGAAGGGAACUGGGCGUACACAAGAUGAUUACCGGAAUCUGUUCCAGCUGCACGCAGAUCUCGGGGAAGAAGGCCGCGCGAGAGACUGUCUCUCGAUGUGGGUGCCCAUGAUGGAACGAGAGUCUCCGGCUAUUGAGUUGAAGGGCCCCAUCGUGACUUCUGUCAUGCAUUGCCUGCUGGUGGCAGACCCCAAUAUCCAGAACCGAGUCGAGGAUGGGUCUCCCAGCUUUUUCUUGGGACUGUGGCGACGAUGCCAGGAGGCGCUGGCACGUCCCAGCCUUUGA